GUAAAUAGGAUAUUGGCCGCUAAUGGGUUGAUGGUUCUCGAAAUGCGCUCCGAAAGUUCCACGGGGAAAGUUUGACGCGCAACGCGUUCGGUCAAUCUGGCUUUUCUUCCGUCCGAAAAUUCGCAUUUGUCAUUACGAUCAAACUCGACAAAACGCCAAUUCUGCCGCGGACGCGUUCGCUCGCGGGAAAAUUUAUCUUCUGCGUAUAGUGUACCGGCGAAAGUUUGCAUCUGACGAGCGAGUUGAACUCGUUAGCGCACAACGCGAAAUUACUUCUUUUUUAUUUCCAUCCAGGCAAGAUUCAAUUUCAACAAGCCGGAAAAACUCAUAUUCCCGGCACCAUAUUCUCGCGUUUCUUGCGAAUCACCGCUAAGAAUAAUAACGUUCAUCAUUAACUUCUGCGAAAUGAUAUCGAUCGUCGUAAAUCGCGGUGAGUCACAUUCUCCCCGGCCUGAUUUUCGUCACGACCCCCGGGAACGACGUAUCCUCGCGGCGUUGUACCGCUGGCAAGCAUUCGUGUUAAUCUUCCGGUGGCUGUUUCUAGGAAUAUAAACGACGGCACGAACUCGAUGGCACCCACAUAUGACUCUCGUUUGGGGAACUCUGUCGUCGACUGGCGUUACGGGCAAGACUUGGCUAUGCUCCUGCCUAGCAUCGCGACAAGCCAUAACGAUGCGCGGCGAGAGAUGCUUCUAUGAAUACGGCUUCUGUUGUGGACACGUUUGCACGAGGACGACACGCUGGUUGUUUUCUUUCCCAUUUUCGGUGGAAAAUGAAAUUACGAUAUUUUCCUUCCUCCACGUUUUCCCUACACUGGAAUUAUACUUUAAACGAUGUUUGCGUUUGAUUAAAAAUGUUAACGAAGCGAGUGAGGACGAGGACGAGAUAAUAUUCUUUUUAUGUCCAGUUCGAGUAUUAGCCAGGUUCACACAAAAACGUUCGCGCGGAAGUCGUUUGGAUAAUACGGUACUUGAAAUCGAUACGGUAGUGUGAAUA